CGGGCAACGUCAUAGCGGCUAAGGACACUGGAUGCAUAGAAUUCUGCCGAUCUUAGCACCUUUGGCUUUUACCAGAAGUACCAUUCCUCCAGUUCGGAACCCUAUCCCCUCCUUUUUUUGUGUCAAUCGCCAUCCCACGACAACCUGAGCGAGGAACGAAGACGGGGAGGGGGAGGCGAGGACACACCCGCAUUCUGUACCUCUCCAACGCCGGUGCGCGUGAGUGGUGAUGCUGCAGACAACAUGAUGAUCGUAUUAUUAACGGUCCCGAAUAGGAAAUAGAUUCGUUUCUUCUUCUCAGGAUCUAAAUCACCGGAGGGAUUAGCACCGGAGGGAUUGCUGGCCACUGGGUAUUUACUCCCUAAUACCAAGUGACCAAUGGGAACAGCAACUAACACCCCGUUUUCAACAAGGUGAAUGCUGACAGAUCCAUCCAUGAGGUGAGCCAACCGGUCUUUACGGCAUUGAACCCCCUCCCUCUCCUCCAUCCCCCUCCCUACAGUUUCCAGGCUGCAGGGCCCAGCCCCACUGAAAAGUGCAGGCGCCUGCUCCCCCCGCAGAAUGACUGUAGCCACUGGCGACCCCUCUGACGAGGCGGCAGCACACCCGGGGAACCCGGCUGAGUACGACCCUGACGCUGACCAUGAGUGCUGCGAGAGAGUGGUCAUCAACAUCUCUGGGCUGCGUUUUGAGACACAGCUUAAAACCCUCUCCCAGUUCCCCGAUACUCUGCUGGGGGACCCCAAAAAGAGGAUGCGCUACUUCGACCCACUGAGAAACGAGUACUUCUUCGACCGCAGCCGAACCAGCUUUGAUGCCAUUCUCUAUUUUUACCAGUCAGGAGGGAGGCUACGGCGGCCGGCCAAUGUGACCCUUGAUAUUUUCUCAGAGGAGAUACGUUUCUAUGAGUUGGGGGAUGAAGCCAUUGAGCUGUUCAGAGAGGAUGAGGGUUUUGUCAAGGAGGAAGAGAGGCCCCUUCCUGACAAUGAGUUUCAGAGACAAGUGUGGCUGCUGUUUGAGUACCCAGAGAGCUCAGGACCCGCUAGGAUUAUCGCUAUCAUCUCCGUCAUGGUCAUCCUCAUCUCUAUCGUAAGCUUCUGUCUGGAAACCCUGCCCAUCUUCCGCAACGACGACGACGAACCGCACAGUGUCUUUGACACCAACACCAACACCACAAUCUACUUCACGUCCACCUACUUCACUGAUCCAUUCUUCAUCCUGGAGACGCUCUGCAUCAUCUGGUUCUCAUUUGAGUUCCUGGUGCGCCUCUUUGCCUGCCCCAGCAAAUCAGGCUUCUUUGGUAACGUCAUGAACAUCAUUGACGUUGUUGCCAUUAUCCCCUACUUCAUCACACUGGCCACAGAGCUGGCUGAGAAACCAGAGGAUGGCCAGGCCGGUCAGCAAGCCAUGUCCCUGGCUAUUCUCAGGGUCAUCCGUCUAGUGCGAGUCUUCCGAAUCUUCAAGCUGUCACGACACUCCAAGGGACUUCAGAUCCUGGGCCAGACCCUGAAGGCUAGUAUGAGGGAGCUGGGUCUGCUGAUCUUCUUCCUCUUUAUUGGAGUCAUACUGUUCUCCAGUGCCGUCUACUUUGCGGAAGCUGAUGAGCCCGAGUCACAGUUUGAAAGCAUCCCUGACGCCUUCUGGUGGGCUGUUGUCUCCAUGACGACAGUAGGUUAUGGCGACAUGGUCCCGACCACCAUUGGUGGCAAGAUUGUGGGCUCCCUCUGCGCCAUUGCAGGUGUGCUGACAAUUGCCUUGCCCGUGCCUGUCAUCGUUUCCAACUUCAACUACUUCUACCACCGUGAGACGGAGGGCGAGGAGCAGGCUCAGUGCCUAGGCCCAGUCGCCAAAGAGGACUCGAAUGAAGAGCUGAAGAAGAGCCGGAGCGGCUCCACCAUCAGUAAAUCAGACUACAUGGAGAUCCAGGAAGGGGUGAACAACAGUAUUGAGGACCUCCCAGAAGAGAACCUCAAGACUCAGGCCAACUGCACUACGCUGGCCAACACAAACUAUGUCAACAUCACCAAAAUGCUCACAGAUGUGUAGCCAGCUGGCAUUGUCCUCUCAGUGAGGUUGAGAGGUCAAAGGAUGGGGCAGGUGUGUAGCCUCCCAUUUCACAUGUGCUGCUGGAAUCUCAAGGCAAUAGAUUCAGGACGUAUAACUGUACUCAUCAUUUCUUUAUGAUGAAAAACACUCCUCCCCUAACUCCCACUGCUAACUCCCACUGUUAGCGCCUCACACCUUGCCCUCAUACUGACCUUCUGUCAGACUUUAAAUCCUAUAAUCACAAUUCUGUGUGUUGAUGUCUGCAUGGAGUUGGCUUUGUCAGUGUGACUAUUCCAAUAGUAAAAUGACCUGCUCACAACGGUAGUACAAAAAAGAGAAGAAAUGUAGCUAAAAAAGGUGAUUUAUCGCUUCCAGAAUAACCCCACCACCAAUCCUGCUUCAGCCCCCCUGCACCUGCCGCUACCCUGGUCUCCCUCCAUCGUCAAAGGUACACUUUGCUUCCUGUUUGCGUGCUACAAAAUGCUGCUUCCUGGAGCAAACUAAACAAACCCGUCCUGUGGUGAACUACUUGGAGACUACAGAACGUGUGGACAUAAGGCGGACAUACUCCGUUGCUGCCCACUGGGCAUAGACAUCAGUUCAAAGUCUAUUUUUGAUUUACAUUUGGUUGAGUUGUCAGCUAACGUGAAUUCAAAAUGAAAUCAACAAAACAUGUCACCAUGUCAUUGGAUUUAGGUUCAAAUUUGGGUGGAAAAUAAUACGAAAUUCCAUUACAUUGAAGACGUCAUUACAUUGAAUAUUUGGGUUGAAGUGAUGUGGAAACAACGUUGAUUCAACCCUUUUUUGCCUGGUGGCUGAGGCCUGUCAUGGCCUGAGACACACGAGGAGUGUGGUACUGUAGUAGUCAUUCACAAUAUAUAAGGGAUGUAGGACAUCCAUCAGCUCCAUAAGCUUUAUAAUGGUUUCACAUCUUUUCUUCAGGAACAUCAGUAUCUGAUGAAUGACUGACAAAAGGCCUUGACUUUUCACUGCUCUAGUCUUACAUCGUUUAUGUGUUUACUGUACAUGGCAAUGCAAGCCUCCCUCCUCCACUCACCUGAAUCUGUCUUACUGCAGCUCUGAGGACAAAGUGAAUGUCUCUUCCUCUUUCAUUUGUACUUAUUUACCACUUAACUCAUAUAGAUAGGUAAAUAGUUGUGACUGUAACCGUUGCUGUAGCUAGAUAGGUACUGUAGGUAGUAACUGUAGCCAGUUGAUUGUUGCAUGGAGUUCUUAUCUGAAUGAGUAUUCUCACUCACACAACUAGCAUUGCUCCAAAGACACUGUUUAUUGUCUUGCCCUCUAUAACCUUCUAUCAUACAUAUGAAGGGAUGUCGAGAGGUUAUUAUCUAAUAUACGUAGGUUACAAUGGUGUCUGAAAGGAUACCAUGCCCCAAACCAGCCCUAUAGCUUGGAGAAUAUUGUAUUCCUGACAUUUGACCUAAAUGUAACAUUCCAUGUAGAGUUCAUUGUCAUAGUCUUGUUGCCACACUGCGGAGCUGAAAACAUAGAGAGGUGUUUACAUACCACCGACAUUGCAGCUGUGCUGUAAUUUGAGGUAAAAUGCAUUAGUUAAUUAAUUACAGCACCCAUACAGUGUAGUUGCAGCAUUAAUCUCAGUUACAGACAGACUCGACUCAAGGCUGCCUUGUUCAACUGGGUCCAUUGUGUCUUCAUGAUGAACCAUUGGGACGACUAAAGAGACAUGUAUAAAACGAUGUUUCCUCCCUAAACUGCCUUUAAAACAAGUAGGCUUUUACUGAAUGCUGCUUUCCUAGUGUUGCAUGACCUCAAUACAUUCCUAGAAGCAUGAAUUGAAGAUCAAAGAUGCCUAUGAAAACUAUUUAAUACGAUACCUAUAUUUAUCUCAUUAUCUACUUACAUACUUUAAUCUGUGAUAACAAAGCAAUCUGGGACGUAUAAGAAGGGGAAUUUACAUUCAGCUGACGAUUUAGAGAUGAGGAUGACCAUGAUGGAGAUGAUAGCGUUAAUCCGAUAAUCCUUGAUGAUAUGCAGAUCGUUGCUAUGUUUGUUUUAUGAUAUGAACAAUGACACUUGUUUAUUUUCAGCACUGAUGGUGUAGCCCCGUUUCAGGGACUGUCUGUUGGACAGAGUGCCAAAGACAUGCAUGCCUAAUACACUAGCGAGUUCACAGGAGAAGUGGAGCUACAGUAAUAUAUCUAUGGUAGUUGCAUCCCUCAAUAAGAAAAUAUGAGCAUUAUCUAAAUAUUAUCAUACUCGAAGGAGAGAUGGUUUAUAUUGCCAACGGCUGAAGUAUGUAGCCGUGUAGCAACUCUAAACUACAGAGUUCUAGGUCUCUCACGACAUUGCUGAGUCUCCUGUCUUUCUACAUCUUUUCAUAGUGAACUUCAGGACACAGGAGAGUACUAGCAAAGCUGAGGAUGUUUAGCCAGCGCUAACAAAAUGGUGAAAUGGAUUGCGUCUAAUUUACCUUUUGGUCAAUAUUGGUUAGCAUAGCCACAAGGAUGUUAGCUUUGACUCUAAUGUGUCUGGUCUGUCUUCUCAUUUACGUUUUAGGCCUAAAUGUCUGCCACCAUUGCCGCAAUGUUUAUUCACGCUAGAUGGACAGAGGUGAGGUUCUUAGCUCCCGGUCCCUCCCUCUGUCCUCACCAUGUUCCUUUCCUCUCUUGUGUCUUCAAUUGGCAGUACCUUGUGCAACUGCAAUCGCUACUUAUUUUGGAGAGAUGAAAUCUGUUGGAAAGGAACUUGAAUUGAAAAAUAAUCUGGGUCUGGAACCCUGCUUAUUGAUGCUUCCAUUACUCUAACAUGAUGUUAUUAUGUUCACCCUUAUUCUAGCAGUAACACUUCUCAUCGAAUACCAAUGCACCACGCUGUCCAAAACACACAUCAUAUACAUCAACAGUGCAUGAUGUGGAUAGGUACACCAUUAUGUGGUGUGUGUGUGUGUGUGUGUUUGCGUGUGCGUGCGU